UCACGCCGCAUGAACAAAUAUAGCUGCCCAUACCAGACAAACGUCGAAGACGACCAAACAUCAUAUGUUCGGGCUCACUCCAAAGUCCACUCCAGAGUCCGCUUAGAAUUUGGUUGAACUCCUGCAAGCGCUCUUGCGAGGCUUCAAAAAGCCUGGUCAUGUAGGCUGAGGCGAUGGCAUUCAGCAGAUUCAAAAACAGAUUGCAGAUGAGUAUUGCCAUCGCGUGGCUUCGGGGAUUGCCGAUGGCGCAAAGAAUGAUCACGACGUUGAUGGAGUCGAUGCUGUCGUUGAGGACGAAGAUGCGGCUCAGCACCGUGAUCAUCCUGACGAGCCACCGAGGAGGGUCGGGCCGGUAGAAGCGAGCGAUGAUGGGUGCCGUGGGAGACGGCCCUCGCGGGGUCGCUGCCUGGGAGUCCACGCCCGAGUCGAUGAGAUGGGAGUAUUCGCCUAACUCCAUGUCGCCCAAGGGUGGCUUUUUGCGCUGCACCUGAGCGGCCGCAAGGCACCAAAGUCGUCAGCAAACUGCUCACACAAAGGCUUCUCCUACGUACCAGUGUGGCAUUCAUUUGGGCGUACUCCAGGCACCAUUUGAGGACGAGCAGAGCCGUCGAGACAGAGGCAGAGGCGAGAAGGAGCCGCUUGCACAGGAGGGGGAUUGUGUACUGGGACGGCUCGUCGAUAAUCAUCUCCCAGAAGGAGAACCAGUCGGUCACUGCACAUGUGCAAUGGGGAAGAAAGAGAGACAUUAUGACGGCUUGAGAGAUAGUAAGAUCCCUGCUGUUGCUUACGAGACGCGAAGGCGCCCAGGAGGAUAAGCAUUAUGUUCUCUGGGAGGAACAU